GCAGGCAGAGUUCAAAUGCAGUGACAGAGGGGGAGGGUGACGUCUUGUACGGACUGCAUUGAGGACCACCGGGGGCAGUGUACUGCAGAGGAGGGUGACAUUUAUUGUACGGAUUGCAGAGAGGACCAUAAUUGCACUGACUGCAGGAGGAGUGUGAGACUGCCCUGAUUACUGAGAAAAGUGAGAGGAUUUUUGGACACCCUGGGAAUGAGAGGAUGAAGUUGCACUGACCACUGGGAACAGAAUGAAGUUACACUCACUGCAGUUGGAGAGAGCCAUUAUGCACUAAUUGCAGGGAGGAGGAUGAGCAGGUAGUUUGGAUGAACAUCUGAUUAUCUUUUAACUAACAACAGAAUGAAGAUGGAAGCAGAGAUUGAAUCAAAUAUGCCCCUUCUGGGGAUAAGUGUGGCUGUAUUUUCCAGCCUGCUGAAUGGCUCCACUUUUGUGCUGCAGAAGAAAGGGAUCCUGAGAGCUCGCAGUAAAGGUGCAUCCUACCUAACAGAUUUGAUUUGGUGGACUGGCACAAUCACAAUGGCUUUUGGACAGAUUGGAAAUUUCCUAGCAUAUACUGCUGCCCCUGCAGUUCUUGUAACCCCUCUUGGUGCUUUGGGUAUUCCAUUUGGAUCUGUUUUAGCAUCUUACCUGCUGAACGAAAAACUUAAUUUUUUGGGAAAACUGGGAUGCCUACUCAGCUGUGUUGGUUCAAUUAUUCUGAUUAUUCAUUCCCCAAAAUCUGAGAACAUAUCAUCUGGCGUUGAACUUGAAGAAAAACUUACCAACCCAGUAUUCUUGAGCUACCUCACUGUUGUUCUUUUUCUGCUGAUUUUCCUGCUCUUCUGGAUAGCUCCAGUGCAUGGCAACAAGAACAUCAUGGUUUACAUUGGUAUAUGCUCACUGUUAGGGUCUUUUACUGUACCGUGUACCAAGGGAAUUGGCCUUGUGGCUCAAGAUGCUUUCACCAGCAAUCCAAGCAGCUCCAGGGAUACCUACCUUUUCGUGACUUUAGUAGCCAUAUUGGGCUGUAGUAUACUUAUUCAGUUUAGAUAUAUCAAUAAAGCACUGGAAUCAUUUGAUUCCUGUGUAUUCAGCGCUAUAUACUAUGUGACCUUCACCACGUUUGUCCUACUGGCGACAGCAAUUCUUUUCCAAGAGUGGAACAAAGUGGGUGCAGUAGACUUUUUGGCAAUGGUAUGUGGAUUCAUUACAGUAUCUGCUGGUGUUGUGCUUAUCCAGGUAUUUAAGGAAUUCCACUUCAACCUUCGAGAGUUAAACAAAAUGACAGAGAAAACAGAAUAAAAAGGGAGAGAUGUAACAUAUUUGUAUUACUAACUGAAGUAAUCACCACACUGGUAUAUAACAAACGUACAAAACAUACCACAUACAACGCCUACAGACUCUAACACUGCUACAAAGCAAUUAAACAAUUUUGCCUAGAUAUAUUUAUUACGUUGCAUAAUUUUAUGAGACUAAUUUAUAAAUCUUUUUUAGACCAAUAGAAAUCCGUCAGUGGCAUUGGUGAAAAUGCCUUGUUUUCUUACAGAGUUAAUGAUUACUAACACAAUAUGCAGCACCUUAUCAGCCUACAACUUUCUUGUUCCUCCUGCAUGCUUACUCAUUUCAAAUUAAAGGUACAGUAAAGUAAAACUUUGAUGGUUCAGAUAGAAUAUGCAUUUUUUUAAAGAAAAAAAAAUCCCAAAUCCUUCUAUUAUCAUAUUUAGUUUUUUUUUCUCUUGGUAUCUUUGUUGAAUAAAGCUAGGUAGGCUCAGCAAUGUGCAUGUGUCUUUACCAGUUUACAAUGGCAGCAUGGUUUGCAGUAAUCUACAACAUUGCUACAGACAAAAGAAAUGUGCACACUCUUGAGCUUCUAUAGGCCUACCUAGAAUUACUCUUCAACAAUGGAUACCAAGAGAACAAAUACAUUUUGAUAAAAGAGGUAAACCAUUUUUUAUUUUAUAAACUUUCUUUAUUGACCAAUUUGACGAUACAUUUAAAUAAUAUAUUGUUACAUAGAUAAUGAAAGCAAAAUAAACAAAUAAACAUAUGAACUAAUAGAACAUGAAGUCUUCUCACUGUUAUAUUUGGAAUCUUUAAAGGGGCAGUUUACCCAGAACAAGAAUACAUUUUAAACUAAUUUGCAGGCAUAUUAAAUUAUGUUGGUGUUGGUAAAAA